GAGUCACCGCUAAAUGUGUCCCCGGAGCCAUCGAAACGCGGACUCGGUUUGGCUGCUUAACUUCAUCGUGUGUUGCCAAUUCAGAGAGGAGCGGUGAAGCCGAGCUAUGCAUCACGUGUCCGAGAAGACAGCCCCCCCCCUGCCCUUGUCCUGUCUGCGUCUCCUGGUCCCACCGCUUCGGCUGCUCUCCGCAGCCAUCUGGGAAACUGUCCAGCAGAAAGUCGUGUCCAAUUACGGGCUGCUGGAUGACUUUGUGACAGCAGUCACUGAGAUCGUCCCAGAGCUUCUCAAUCCCAGACAGAGGCGUUUGCUGAGCCUCGGCCUCCGAGCUCAGCUGACACUGGAGUUGUGUCGCCCAGAGCAGACAAUAGACAUUAAGACCCUUCAGCCGCACCUGGACGUAAUCACUUCACUGUGGAACACAGAGAUGAGUGAUUCGGGGGCUGGGUCGUGUGCACCAAGCCUCCUCGGUCUUAUUCACACCCUGCUUAAAGACCAGGAGGAGAGGCAGCACUUCUUCCAGGAUAUUUUCCCGGUGAGAUUUGGAGACAAGUACUCUGAAGACAUACAGAUGUUUGUGGAGAUAUUCCUCUUGCAGCUUGAGAAGUUACUUCCUGUCCCAAAUCACAAACGGGUUGCCUGUAUGCUCAGCGACGGGCCUUCAGUUCUGUCCGAAUGUGUGCAGUCUUUCUGUCAAUCUCAGGAACUAAAGUCUCUUCUGGAAUAUCAAAAAGAGCUCAGUCAGCUGCAUGACAGUGAUAAUCAAACAGUUGGCGCCAGCAUUUGUUCAGCUCUCUGUCUGCCACCUUUGACGACAGCCGUGACGGAACAAGAAGAAACGCCACUUGAAGUAAACGUGCUCACCGAUUACAUGGAAGCGUUCAACAAAGAACUGAUAGUGGGGACCGCUCCACUGAGAACAAGUGCAGGUGAUGUAAAGACGUCGAGCGACGACCCGGGGAGGAGAGAGACCGGAGGCUUGGAGAAUCGGUCCCCGGGUGACGGUGGGGAGGGAGUAGCAGUUGAGCUCACGCGCUCUGUUCAACAAGUCGGAUCUUUGGACGGGGAUCAGACGAGUGUAGACUCGUGUGCCGUUGAGGUCCAAGUAGGUUGUAAUGUUAAAAUCCUUGCUGAGGAGGCUGUUGCCUCAGAGAACAAGCCCUCUGCUGAAGACUCAAUGAUAUAUAUGAGAGAGGACGAAAAAGUUCAGUCACUGGUUAGAACUACAGAUGACAUGGAGUACAAUGUCAUGAGCCCUCGUGAGACUGAAAAGUGCACGAAAGAAACUUCCAACACAACAAUUGAAGUGCAAAACAUCCACAUAUCUAAAGUAGUGCUGUCGCCCGUACUGUACGCACCUGCUGGGGUCAGAGGUCUGAAGGUGAAAAACGUUUCAGAGAGGGAUCCUCGAGUCCCGUCAACCGGCAAGACAUGUCCCACGUGCUGUAAGACGUACAGCCGUGCGUCGGAUAUGAGGCGGCAUCAGAGGACCCACACGGGAGAGCGGCCUUUCCGAUGCUCGCGGUGUGAGAAACGCUUCCAGUUCCAGCACGACCUCAAGCGGCACGGGUUAAAUGCGUGUCGAGUCGCUCCGCCGCAGAACUGGUCCCCUGAGGCGCGAGAAGAAAGAGACGCUCAAGACACGAAGCAAGAGGAGGUUCGCGGCCGACUCCGAACUCCGCCUACCGACGUCAGGACUUGUGAAAAGGAAAGUCGGAUGAAUCUGAAAGCAGUCGGGGCUCCUUCAGGAGAGGGAGGGCCUGUUCCCACCCAACCGUUCAGCAGCAAAGUCCAGUUAGGAGAUGUGAAGGAGCAGAGCCAGGACCCUCGUCGGGGUAAUCAGAGGGGCCGGAAAUCAAAGGCUUUCAUGGUGAGAAAUACACACAAACCCGCCGAUACCGCACUGUAUUGUGUUGAAUGUAACAGGUCGUUCCCAGACGCGGCAAGACUUAAAACGCAUAACCUGAGACACAAGCCUCGCUCGUGCACUAAGUGCGGGGAGAGUUUCAAAGGUUUCAUAGACCUCAGCCAGCAUUAUGUCGACGUGCACGACUUCAGAGGACCUUUUCCUUGCACGUCGUGCGACCGCAGGUACACAGAUUUGAGAGGUCUGAUCAGGCACGAGAGGUUUCACACGGGGGAUCUCCCUUUCAAAUGCCCCAAGUGUCCGAAAGCGUUCGGCUACGCGUCCGCUUUGACGCUGCACGACCGGACCCACACAAAAGAGGCGCCGUUCCUCUGCUGGGACUGCGGGAAAGGCUGCAGGUCCAACGCCGCUCUGAGGACCCACCGGCUGUGUCGUCACGGCGGCGCCACGGAGAAGCGCUUCUGCUGCGAACACUGCGGACAAGCGUACGCGCUCAAGAGGAGCUUGGACCUGCACGUGGCCAAGCUGCACGCCGGCGUGCGCUACCCUUGCUCCCGCUGCGGCAAACUGUUCCGGAGCGCGAGUUCCCUGACGAGACACGACCUGACCCACACGGCGGAGCGGCCCUACUCGUGCGCCCAGUGCGGCAAAAGUUUCAGGUCGGCGUCGGAGCUGAAGAUACACACUCGCUACCACACCGGGGAGAGGCCGUUCGAGUGUCGGGAGUGCGGCAAGGGGUUCGUGCAGUCGUACUACCUCACUGCACACACGAGGAUGCACACGGGGGAAAAGCCAUUCAAAUGUCCGACAUGCGACAAAUGUUUUAACAGCACGGGUAUUUUGAAGAGACACCAAAUGACACAUACUGGAGAGAAACCCCACAAAUGCUCAGCCUGUGAAAUGGCAUUCAGUCGGCCAGAGCUUGUAAAAGCUCACGCAAAGAAGUUUCAUUAAAAGUGUUUUCUUUGAUCAGUAAUUCAAAUCUCUCACAGGAUCAAUAAAGUCUGCAAGUGAGCUCUAACUUGCCUUUCAAUAAAUGGUCUUUGUCAGGA